AUGAAUCAUUCAAGUUGCUUAACAGCAGAAAAAGACGGCUCCAUCUCACCUGCACAGUCAAUUAUCUCAGUUAACUUAAACAUGGCCCUGCUUGUCUUGGCGUCUCUGUGCAACAUUUCAGCAGAAUUCAUUUUGUUUCGACGCACACUGCGAGGAAAGAUCAUGGCCUCUUUCAUGAUCAACUUGACUGCGAUUUCUUUGGUACAAUCAACAUUUGGCUACGCCCUUACAUUAAGUGGAGACACGGUUGAGAGAUCAUCGAAAGGUUACUUUCUGUGUCAGUGGGUAGCUUUCACAGACCUUUUCUCCCAGUGUGCGUAUUCCUCUACCUUGUGCGCGAUGAACGUUGUGUCAAAGCUGGCCUCUGGUCGAUGCUACCUUGGAGCAUCACAGCAGAUACCAAGGAGAAGCAAAAUGAUAUUCUUCACAGCAUCUUGGUUAUGCUCCAUUGCUUUUAGCAGCAUGCUUCUGAGUGAAAAGAGUUUCUCUGUACUUUCGACGUCGAAGUUUACAUGCCACCUGGACUGGGCUUCUCAGGAAAGGCACGUUUUUAUCUUCAACGUCACUGUUGUCCUCGUGUUUCUACUUCUGCCCUUACUUAUAUGCUCCAUUACACAAUAUUUUUGUACCAGGUAAGUGGUAAUUAAUAGGAGUUUUAUCACCCUAUUGAAACUAAUUUCUGAAGACUUUUAAACUUCCCUGCACAGGUUAAACGGUCAAACCCAAUCUAUUGGUUGCUAUAGCUCCAAAGAUGGCUUUUUUUUUCUAAGACAGACCUAAGAACCAGCAUCGAAUUGUUAUUCGAUAUUCUGAUAUACCAGUAACCGCUUUGGUUACAAGACACAAAAAACAUAGAUCUAGCUAAGCCUGAAAGCGGAGCUCCAGUUAGUCCUCCAGCCCUUCACUUUAUUGGAACUCUUUAACACCGGCCGUCGAAUAGGUUGUUCAAGAGGGAUAUAGGUACUAGUCUUGGGGAGGAGGAUUGAAGGGGCUGGAACCGAGGAACAAUGUUCUCACAGUUUGCAAAGCAAUCAACACGCAUGCUAGUUAGCAGUAUUUUUAAGCAGCUGAAGACUUUCGUUGAUGUUCCAAAUGUUUUGAGCCGAUUUUCGAGGAUAGGGAAUGUUUUCUUCUUCAGAUGUAGUGUAUGAUGUCCGUAUCAGUAGAAAUUCUAUUCUAUCGAGAGUGACGGAUAAUUUCGAUUUGGGAAAAAGAACCAAAAUUGUAAGAAAAGACGAUAAACGACUGCGAGUUUAGAUAUCACCUGUCGAUUGAAGAGUAGAGACGUGAGAACAGUGAGGCAGUAAAGCAAUACGCCAGAAUCGUAUGAGCUUCUCUUACAUCUUCUCUUGAUGCCAGAUAUGACUGCUUGCUCCACCGAUUUUUCUCUAAGGUUUCAAUCUCUUCUGAUAAGCGUAGAAAAUUGAAAAGAAAAGUCACUUUCAACUCGUGUUUAAACCUGUACUUUUUUCAACUUCUUCUCUCUUGACUGUUCGCGUGUUAUGAUUAUGCGGCUUGAAAUACACGGUGUCAAUCACGGUGUCUUUUUGACAUUUUGUCUGUUACUUAAUUGGGUAACCUCUGCUGUAACUGCGUUUAACGUCAGUGUCUUUAAACCAACUAUCCAUGAUCUUGGCCUGGACUGAGGUUUUUAGCAUGCCAGCAGGUUUGGGAAAAUAUAUUUAUUCAUCAGGAAAGUGACAUCUUUUUAGCCUGGAAACAUUGUCAAAAGCCAUACUUGUGUAAGGUAACUCACUCGUAUUCUGUUAAACUUGAUUUAGGGAGAAUAGAAUAUGUUAUUACAUAAAUCUGAUCAGUGCACAGGCUGUGCACAACAAUUUGUUUUGACUGUACUUUUAUAGCCUUUUAUAUACCAAUCCCUACACAUAAUAGAAUGUUAAUCAUGAUGUUAAUAUGCCGUACACCUGCAACAUUUCUUUUAAAUAUAAAGAAAUUUUCAAAAGACUUGUCGUUGACUGAUACUAGGAGAUCUAAGAAUAUUCAAAAGUAUGUAAAAUUUGGUUGAAAAACUAGAACUCAGCGUAGGCUAGAUGGGGAAGAUUCUACGUAUAUGAAAAAGCUAGGAAAAAGUUUUUACAACGCCUGCCUGGUGGUCACAAUCCUCGUUUUAAUGUUGAAAACACUCAUAAGCGUACAGAUUUCCCAAGUGUAUAAACUUUUAAUUUAAGCCUGCCGUGACUUAAAAUCUUUGAUGUACCCCCCAAAGGAGACCAAAUAAAUUUCAAGUUUCUAUUUAUUCAGUUAAGCUAGUCAAGUAAAAUGCACCCCUCAAAAGGAGACCAAAUAAAUUUCAAGUUUCGGUUUAUUUAGUUAAGCUAGUCAGGUAAAAUUAAGUCAAACUUUCUUGCGAAGACACAACCAAGUACCUUCAUGUACCUUAUAACCUUCACGUACUCAUUAAACCAGGUUUAUACCCAUAAUGCGAAAGAUCACCUUCGUUUGCAAGAAAAUUAUGAGCCAAUUGGUCGCAAACCAUAGCCCUGGGUCUGCCAUAAAUUUUAAUUUCCAGAGAGUACUUUAAAAAUGGCAAUUUUCCCAUGCACGAAAGAACUAUCGGCCGAAAGAGGGUAGGCUUUCCAUUCUUCAUUUAAAAAAUACCGAGGUUUUCAUAUUUGGGGCCGCAAAAUAAUCAAAUAAUCAACAAACUAUGCCAAUUGUCGAGAGUCGACAUUUACGAGCCACUGACCAUAAAUAUCGAGAAUCCGCCGAAAGUUGCAAAAUUUCGUAACUCGUUUUUUUUUUCCAAAUUACCCUUUUGAUGAACCUUUUCAAAAAUUAUAUAAAAUGCCCCAGAUUCUUUUUCUUUACCCGCCGAUGGUGGUGCGCACUUGUAAUCAUGAACGUCGCUGACUUGAUCUCAUUUUAUUUCAAUUUUCGGAAGGGCCAUUACCUCAACUCCUAGGGUAAAAACCGCCAUCUUUGAGCUACGCGCGAUUUUUUUAAUAAAUAAAGUAAACCCUGCGGUAGUUAACUGAAGAGUGAAUGAUAGAAACUUGCUUGCGCCGUUCACUGCUAUUUGAAAACUUAAUAGCCAAAAAAUAAUUACCUUCUUUUCCCUUAACACCACGACUGCAUUAAACAUUCCAAACGAUAGGAGAGGAAAUAAUUUGGAGAAUACGAACAUUCUGAAGUGUUGUUUGGGUGAUGAACCUGUUUAAAGGUUUAUAAAGCGAAGAAUGCCAAAUUUUUUACCAAAACGUGAUGUAAUUUUUGCCUUCAUCAAAACAGCAAUAAAUGAUAAAUUGAAGCUAUUAUCAAACGACAAAGCUUCAGCUCUGAGUAUUGUUGAUUUUGCGACUAGAAUUGCAAAGUACCAAGAGUAACUGAAACCACAACCUCUCUAAAGGAGCUAAGAGUAGCACCUUGUGCGCAGGGACGUACGGUCGAACACCAAACCAAAUUCUGGGCCUGAUAGAGUACAACUAAUUUUUAUACAUAUGGGGCUACGCUUCGCGUGCUGAACUCCGCUUAUUGAUCUCCUUGAAUGUUUCUGAGUUUUCUCCUUAAUUUUACUACCUUUUACCUUCUGGAGUCUAUGGUUAGUAAAGUUUGCUAAUGUUUCACGCGAAAAAAAAAAUUUCCCAAGAGCCAGUUAUUUGUGGUAAUCAUUUUUCUAUCUUCGUUCUCAUAGAAUAUGGAAGAAGUCUCGCAACGUAA